UCCUGCUGUCUUUUCCUGCAGCUCAUUAGCUCCCUGAAGCCAACACAAACAGAGAAAAUGUCCUCCGAGAAGGUUGCCAGUCCCACCGAGGAACAGCGAGAGAUCCUGGAGUUCAACUUCAACCGAGUCAACAAGCACCCCGACCCCACCACUCUUUGCCUGAUUGCUGCUGAGGCCGGGCUAUCUGAGGAAGAGACCUUGAAAUGGUUCAAGAAGCGUCUGGCGGAAUGGCGGCGAUCGGAAGGGCUCCCUUCAGAGUGUGGGUCUGUCAGAGACUGACUGGAAUUACCCCCCUCAGAAGUCAACCCUGGAAAAACUGAUGGCUGUCUCAAUUCAGUGAUGACUUUUGCUGUGGGAAGAGUGACUAUCUAAACUAAUGUGUUCUAUUAUUUAACCUGCUGCCUUAUUUAAAAUGUACAUAACCUAACGGGGCCAGGGGUGGGGGGAAUAAUUAUAUAAAAUGUUAUGUAUUGGCCAAGGAUGUGUAGAGCUUGGGAAGGAAUCCCUACAAACCCCAUUGGCUGCUUUUUAGAACGGCAGGGAAUGGUUGUACUGAAUAUUUCCUUCAACUGCUGGCAAAACUAAUACAAGACUAUAAAGAAAAUAUCUUUAUUUGCCGUCUACCAUCUAGAUUACUCCUAGAACUUGUCAGAGCAACAUCCAGAAAAUCAACUUAAUUCACAUCCUUGGCACAAUAUUCUCUGUCAGUUAUUUGUGUGCUAGGAGGCCUUAGCAAAUACAAGAAGGUUAGGUGUUGUCCAUAUUGAACUCCUAGCCUCUCUGACCAUGCAAACAUUACACUAUGUUAAUUGGGGUUGCCAGUUCAAAGUUGGGAAAUUCUUGAAGAUUUGGGGUGGGGUGUGUGUGUGGAGCCUGUGGAGGGUGGGGGUUUGAGGAGAGGAGGGGGCCUCACUAGGGUAUAAUGUCAGAGAGUCUGCCCUCCAAGGCAGCCAUUUUCUCUGGCGGAACUGAUUUCUGCAGUCUAGAGAUCAGUUGUAAUUCUGGGAGAUCUCCAGGCCGCAGCUGGAGGUUGGUAACUCCAGGGCUAGUGCACAAUAGGCUUAAGGCACUCUGAGCCCUGCUCCCUAAGACAGCAUUCAGUUGUAUGCACUGCAGCCACUGCCAGCUUGUUUCUUGCAGCUGGACCAUGCUAAGAAUUUCACCACAACAUCCGCAACAACAGGAGGGUCCCCAUCUCUGAGGGGGAUGAAACUAUCCUAGUGCUUUUUUCAAGCUUGUGCGAGGAGGAAAGAGCUGACUGGAACCACACGUUGAGGCCUCUUAGAUCCUAUGAGGAAGGGCUGGCUCUGAAGUGGCCGGCUGGUGUAUUCCUCCCACUCAGCUUCCUGUUCUUAGCCCAGCGGGCUUGGUCUCUUAACCUUGCCGUACCUUUCCCAUCUGGGUUGGCUUGGCACAAACAGGCCAGCAUGGAAAUAUGCACCUGUGCUAUUAGCCCCUUGGGUAUGGGAUGGCUCAUGCCUUUGUUGUAUCGGCCUCCAGCACAGCUGAAUGAGGAUUUGCAAACGCAUAUGCAUGGACACAUUUCCAAAGUUUCGCUACAUGAAAAAAUUAUUUUCUCCCAGCUAUGUUAAUAAUAAAGUCAGAAUGUUUUACUUAAA